AUGGUCAGCUUCAAUUCAGACUCAUCAUUCGACAUGAUCGACUCAUCUACACAAGACUCUCCAACAAUGACAAACCUGUUCAUCGCCUCUGAGGACACUCGACAUCAAGUUAGAGUCGCCGUCACACAAGCUGAACCCAAAUGGCUUGACUUGCAGGGUUCAGUCGACAAGACCUGUGCUUUGAUCAUCGAGGCCGCAAAAGGAGGUGCUGAGCUCCUGGCAUUCCCCGAGUGCUGGGUCACAGGAUAUCCUGCUUGGAUCUGGGCUCGACCAGUUGAUACACAUCUCACGAGCCGGUACAUCAAAAACUGCAUGCGCGCCGAUGGCCCAGAAAUGGCAAGGAUCCAGCAAUGUGCGGCCGACAACAAUAUAACCGCUAUAAUCGACUCCGACGGCAAACUACUCGCCGUUCGACGCAAGAUCAAAGCUACACACAUGGAGAGAACAAUCUUUGGCGAUGCCUCUGGUGACGCCCUCACGAGUGUUGUAGACACAAAAGUCGGUCGUGUAGGAGCACUCUCUUGCUGGGAACACAUUCAGCCCCUACUCAAGUACUACCUCUACAGCCACCGUGAGCAGAUCCAUGUCGCUGCAUGGCCGCCAUUGCAUCCCUACAAGGACGAGAAGGAAUUGUGGUCCAUGUCGAGAGAAGGCGCUCGCGCAUUAUCCCAAACAUACGCCAUCGAGUCACAAGCCUUUGUCCUUCACGCGACAUCCGUCAUUAGCGAACAAGGGAUCAGUCUCAUGAACACGGGAGGGGGAGCUGUCAUGAGCACCCCGGGAGGAGGUAGCUCUGCAAUCUUUGGACCUGAUGGGAGGAUUUUGACUGAGGAUCUGCCUCAAUGUGACGAGGGGAUUCUGUAUGCCACACUUGAUUUGGAUGAGAUUCUACGGUGCAAGAGUUUUGUGGAUGUUUGUGGGCACUACAGUCGGCCAGAUAUGCUGUGGCUUGGGGUUGAUCGGGAGGUCAAGAAGCAUGUCCAGUAG